AUGCAUUUGAUUCAAUUGGCAGCUUUCAUUCUCACGGCUUCUGUCGAAGCUCUUGCGAGCCGGGUUCAUCCUGUCGACGGCGCCGUCUCAACCUGCCGCGAUUCUUACGAUGGUAACUUCGAGGUUACUAUCAACAAGCUCAGCAAGCGAGAUGUCGAGGAACAGAAGCGAUCGUGCGGUGGUUCCGAUGCCCUGCUACUGAAACUCCACGAUGGAAUUCUGAAGGAUGCCAAGGACCGUACUGGGUACAUUGCUUCCAACUACCAGUUCCAAUUCGACGAGCCGCCUCAGGUAGAUGCCAUCUACACGAGAGGUUUUUCUGCGUGCGAGAACGGUACCCUGGCUCUGCGUGGCUCAACCACCUACUACCAAUGUCGCUCCGGGGACUUUUACAAUCUGUACGACCGUAAAUGGGCGCCUCAAUGCGAACCAAUCGAGCUUCGCAUACUGCCUUGCAACGUAUACACUGUGCCAGGUGGAGGUUACGGUCAUAAAGAGACCACUAUCGGCUCCAGGGUGGUCAAGACUGCCCUUGUGACGGCUAUCGCAGACGGUCAGCCACAAGUACACACGACUACCAUUGCUAUUCCCAUCUGCCAAAUUGGAGACGGACAAGUCCAGGGACAUACAACUCCUUGCGGUGGCCAGUCUACAGCUUCUCCCAUCAGCCAGAUCAGCGAUGGCCAGGUAGUUCACCAGCCUCCUGCCACGAAGGCUCCUGAGGCUAUUCCCACAGCCACCGGUGCCCCUAAGCCUGUUGGUCCCCCAGUUACGCAGCUUCCAGACGGUCAGCCACAGGGACCUGGGCCUAAGGCUCCUCCUGCUGGCACUGGUACACUUCCGAAGCCGCCUCCUUCUUCUUCUCCCGAGGUUCCAGUCAAUGAUGCUGCACAGCUCUUCAGCAAUGUCAAGAUGACGAUUGGUAUUCUGAUGUUCUGCAAUAUGCUUAUUGGUGUAUAG